AUGAAAUUAUUAAUUAUAAUAAUUUCAAGUAUUUUAAUUUUAAUAAAUAUAAAAUUUAUAUAUUGUUUAGAAAAUAGCAAAAACUCAUAUAUAUAUGAUUAUAAUAUUCCAUUAGAUAUUUUAAAUAAAACUAAUAAUAAUUAUAAUAACGAAGUAAAAAAAAAUGCAAACUCAACAACUACAAAUGUAAAUAACUCUUGUAAUAAUAUAUUAAAUAAAAAUAUAAAUUAUAAAAACAAAGAAAAUAUAUUUUAUGCCCAAUCAAACGAUUUAAACUUUUAUAAAAAUAACUUUAUUUAUUGGUCAAAGAUUGACACUUUAAUAAUAAACCCAAAUAAUAAAUAUUUAAAAGAGGUUGUUUGCACCAGUCAUCAGAAUAAUGUUCGAACAGUAUUACUAAUUGGCCAGCAAGAGCUCCUUGACUACAGCAGGUCAAAUUUUACGAAACUAGUAACCCUAAUAGAAGCGAAUGGUAGUGAUGGAAUGGUGGUUAAUAUUGCCUCAAAUGUAAAUAUAACCUAUAUGAAUGAAAUUAAAAAACUAUAUAAAUUGUUAAAAACAAAAAAUAAAAACUAUUAUUUUUCAAUUGCCUUGCCUUUAACAUGGAAUAUGGAUACUAAUUGCAGCGAAAUGCUGGUAAACUGUGACUACUUGAUUUUGCAAUCGUUCAACUCUAACAACUACACCGGGGUCAAAGAUUAUAUUGACGGAAAUUCGAUACCUGGUGACUAUUUUAGAAAUCUCUUGUAUAAAAAUUGGUUAGAAAAGUAUAUCUUUAUAAAAGACAAAAUAAUAAUUGGUUUAUCUCUGAUCGGAACCCAAAAAUGCUGCAGCCCAGGAGGUGGUAGAAAUAAUGUUUUUAAUCUAAAUUAUUGCGAAAAGGUUGCCAACUCAAAACAAACUGAAAUCAGUUAUUUCGAUAUUUACAACUAUAUUAUUGGCAAUGGUAUUGGAUAUUUUUUAUCUGGCGAAUUAUGGAAUUUUAAAACUCACACCCCAUUUUUAAAUUAUAUAAAUAAUAAUGAAAAAGAUAAACUUUACCAGAUCCAAUAUGAAAAUACAAAAUCUUUAUUUUAUAAAAUUUCCAAUACUGGUAUUGGGGGAAUUUCUUUUUGGAAAAUAGAAACCUUUUCAAAUUUACCAAAUUAUCAUUUAAAUAGUAUAUUAACUUUACUAGAUAAAAAUAUUACUGGAAUAACUUUUAAAAAAGAUAUAAAUAUUUUUUAA